AAAUGAAUGAAUUUGGCGAGAGAUGAAGAAAGAAAUAUCGCGAUCCUGGGAGAUGGGGGGGGAGAGAAAUUUUUAUUAACGUCUAGCCAGGGCGCAGUGCUGGCUUUUCGCCGAGUCGCAAUGACGCGUUCUUUUUUUUUUUUUUUCCCCCGUUGAAAUUCGAACUCGGUCUCUCGGUUAGGGCACGACUCUCUGUAAUAUACGUGCAUAUAUCUGCGUUUCGCGUUAUUCGCGACGGAAACUUGAGCGGUGAGGAUAGUUGUCCCGGCAGCGACGGUCCACGUAGGAGUGAAGAAGCGGUUGAUGAAGCGGGCUAAAGGGGAAGGAUGAAGUUGGAGUAAAAUCUUAUCAUCGAUAUCCACCGGGAUUCCAAGUGCCAAGUAAACAGACUCGUAUUUGAGAUUUCCCAUGCGGGGUUGACAGUGAGAGUGGGAGGGGAGCGAGUGGUGGAACGAGAUGGUGGAGGGAGACGCGGAAAAAAGAGGGGGAAAAAGGAGGAAUAAGGAGGAUAAGUGAAUCGUGGAAGGGGAAGAGAGAAGCGGUUGCGCCGGCAAGUAGGAAGCGGAAAAAGGAUAGAGAAAUAGAGAGAGAGUGUGUGCGCGCGUUCGGAUGUUCGUGGACACGAUGAAAACGAAUAAAGCGGACCCGGAUGUCCCUUAAGAGAUCUUCAUCGAGAGAGCUUUUGUACGUAAUACCGCGAGCUCGAAAUUACGUUCUAUCAUCCCCUGUCCCUUCAUAUUUCUCGCAUCCUGAGAUGCUAAUAACACUACACGCUCGAGCAAGAAUCGCGAAUGCGCAAUCGAGUCGAGAAAUUUGAUUUUGAAAUUCUUUCGCAUUUUUUUUUUUUUUUUCCUUUUUUUUUUCCUUCUUUCGUAACGCGUGAAAACGAAGCUUGCGGUUCGAGUAACGGACUGUAGUAGUAGUAGUAAUAGUGCGGGCUGUUACUGUCCAGGGAAUAGCCGAGUAUUUACCGUCGUGUUUCGGUAUUAUUAAUCGAAAAUCCCCCACGGUUUGCAUAUUCUCGAUGGAUGAUUCUUCGGUAAAUACGAAUAUUUCGACCUUCUCGACGGCGGUCGAAAACAAGUCCUCGUUUCGACUCGAACAGUGUGGAAGGGAAUUGAAGGAACGAUUUUUGAUUUUUUUUUCUUUUUCCUUUCGCGUAAAAUUCUAUCUCUAUCGCGAAUAUUUGCGCAUGGGUCGAGAAGGUUGUUGUAAAAACGUCAUUUGUUUAUUAUUUCGGCGCAACGUCAGUAGCAUCCGUUUUCUAAAUUUUCAACGAUAUCCUCCAGUGACGGACACGUCACGUCCAAAUUAAGGGUUAGACAGGGAAGGAGUUUCGUGGUGAUAAAUCUCACCGAAAUUCGAAAAUUCCCGCUUCUGCUUCUUUUUUUUGUGUUUUCUUUUUGUGUCCCUCCCCCAUGUUUUUUUUUUCGCAAAUCGACGCGGUCGACAUAUCCAACGACGCUCGAAUCGUCGGAUCCGGUUGAAUCGUCGUAUCGUGCGAGCAGGGAGAGGGAGGAGGGUCGAGUGGAGAAGGAUCGAGAGGGGGGAAAAGGAAGGAGGAGAAGCCGAGCCGCGUGCUCGUCACCGAGGGGAGGGGAUUGAUUAGUUGAUUGGCUGAGAACGAGAAUCGCAAACAUGCUGUCCGAAAGGAUCAAAUACGCCAUGGACCAUUUGUCCCACAAACAGCACAUCUCUCUGUUGGCACGACCCAACUGGAGAAGAAUCCAGAAGAAACACGUGCACAUAUUGCCACGACCGUACAGUAUCCGGCGUUCAGCGUUGAAGGCACGAGCAUCGAAAAGAAUCAAAGUGAUGGCCCAGCCGAAACACGUUACGAAAAAAUACGAUCCAGCAAAAGCACCGCCACUGUUUCCGCGAAUCCAUCCGAAAACUCUCGCGGCCAAAACCACGAAACGCAUCAACGACUUGGCACUUCCCACAAAAAGAACACUGUUGGCGAACAUGAGGUUCCCGACUAGCGCCAACAUAGCCAGCACACUUUUGAGGGUACAAAAAUCACGUUACCGGAGGUAUCGAUUCUUCUGCAACGCCAGGCAACAACGAGAGAUGAAGAGGAAGCAAAGGAUAUUGGCGAAAUUGCGUCGAGCGAUCAAACCGGACGAGUGGGAACACCACAUGGAGGUGUUGGAGAUACUGUCCGCCCCCAAAGUCCCGCCCAAACCUAGACCCAUCAAGAAGAAGAAAUGGAGGCCGUUCAACGUGCGGAGGUUGGAGGAGUUGGCAACGCCGCCCGCGAGAGAGAUGCCUGUGGGUAGGGACCCGUUCAAAGUGCCGAUAACCGCUCUUACCUACAAGAUUAGCAAACGCCUUCUCAAGAUCGCGUUCCCGAAAGUACCGACGGAGAUCAUGCCGCCUCGUGUCCCCGGUCAGGUCUCUCCGGCCGCGCUCAAGGCCGUAGCCUCCCCAAGGACGAUAAACCUUGCGAAACCGGUUGAACGGCCCGCCGGGAUGGAGACGGACCUAAGGGAAGACGCUUUCACGGUCUCGCCGCUGGCUUUAAAGGCGAGGUGCUCGAAGCGAUUGAAAAUGUUAGCCAGGCCCAAGAGGAGGAGAUGAUCGCUCGCGUUUCACAUCGCGACCGUGUCUCCUUAAUCCUCGAUUGUGAUUCGUAAAUGCAUAAAUUAACGUCUAUCUAUAUAUAUAUAUAUAAAUGUUUUAAAGCGUGUUCAUGUGUAUCAAAAUGUAAUUAAUUUUAAUAUAUAAUUUAUAUUAUCUCUCGAAAUUCAAUUCUUUCUAAGAAAAAGUUCGACAGUUUCCAUCUGGAAGAGGAGUUUCUUCACCUAAGUUAAAUCUAUCUAUUUUGAAACUAGAGAAACCGCUAUUAUCGACACCAAUCUCGGAUCUACGGAUCGGCGAAUCGCAAAGUCAAAGUUCCGCGUAAGCAUAUGCCGACUCGAAUUAAUACGAUCUCUGCUGUUUCGCCUAGGAAUCAAGGAAAGUACACACACAUACAUACACACAUAUAUAUAUAAUUGUACUGUUGCUGGAAAUUCCAUGGCCGACGCGCACCGACCUAUCUGUCGUGGAUCACUUAAUUCCCGGGUAACUAGUCCCCUCCGUGCUUCUCUCCCCCCUUGACUUAGUUAAUAGGAUUCGAGGCGAGGAAUUUGCGAGGCGAGGGAGAAGUCCAAAUAUCGCGAUCAUACGCGAGAUAAGGAUCGUUGCGCGUAAAAUAAAUACGAUUAAUAUAACACAAUCGAAAGAAGGAAGGAAGGAAGUAUAUAAAA